AUGGAGCCGCCCAACGUUGCGAGCCUCAAUGGAUCCACCCUCAAUGCCAUCGAUGCGCAUGUGGUAGAAAUCGCCUCGCUCCGGCGGCCCAUGGCGGAAGCCGACGACACGACCGACGGCUCAGUGUUGGCCGUCGUGACGUUUCCCAAGGACAGCUCUUCAGCUUGCGCCUGUGAUGGGAGCCCAUGGCAAGAUGUUCAUAUCCGCAUGAGCUACGAGAAACUCGUCAGUCUGGGCUCCGGGAAGAUCCAGGACAUGUUGACCCCACGAGCCCAGGCCCGCUUCCGUCGACGGCUGGGGCUCGAGCAGCCGCACCAGCUCCCGACCGGCAUCAAGUACGUAGUCGACUUCACCCCUCCCCCGGAAGGCCCGGAGCUGGCCGACCUCACAGCGGCCCUUUGGCUGCCCCGGGUCGCCAAGCUCUGGUUCCUGGCUGGCCACUUUGUGCCCGACCACGUUCUCGAGGCCGGUCCCGGCGUUCACACGCGGCCGCUGGCUGACAAGGCGGUCGGUGCGAUCCUCGCUCUCGGCCACGACGACGUUUGCAAGGGCGUCUCAUGUCUCACGAACUUUGGGGAGUGGCAGACCAAAGAAGCCGUGUCUGGAAUCACCGACGAAAAUGACCACGUGCCCGCAUGGCGCAGGGUGGAAGACUAUUGCCCCAUUCGGCACCGUGUGGCCAUUAUCCGAGUUCUCAGGGCCAUCAACGGCGACAGCCUUCUCCUCAACUCGGCCGUGCGCCUGUGGACCGUCGCUCAGGUGGCCAUAUCCCUCGACGUGCCGCAAGUCGUGGUAAACCCUGUCGCCCAAUGGCUCGUGGCGCCGCCGAACACCAAGUUCAUUGAGAUCUGCCCGGAGAAGGCCUUCCAGCUGGCCUACGAACUCAAGAUUCCGAGCGUCUUGAUCGCGGCCUUCAAGAUUCUCGUCAACGAGCUCGCUAUCGACUACGCCUCCUCGGACCCUUCGCCUGGUCGGCCCCAGCUUACGUGGAGCCAACGCCGCCGGGAUGACUACGGGGACUACCCCUCCGACCCGGUCGAGUACGCCAGCCGCGCGUUCGCAGAGCGCAUGAAUAACCAGCUCAAGAUGCUCCUAUCCGACGAAGUGUUUGUUCGCCUUCCCGCGCGGAUUCCCGAGUGGGAUAAGCUGCAGUAUCUCGGGACUCUCAUUACAUCGCUCGGUCCCGGCCCUCUUCUCGAUGCUUACGAAGCCCUGACAGCUGCUUUGCUUGCCGUUUUUCACGGAUGGAUCGACAGAGCGCUCAACACUCACUACUUUUCCGGCCGGAUCCAAGACUUGACAGCUGCUCAGCGCGCGCACUACAUCCCGGAGUCCGAGCGCAAACCGCUCAUCGACCUCUACCGGCAGCUCAACCCGUCCCAGAAGGUCCUUACCCCCUUUUUCUGGGACCGCCUCUUGUUCACGGAAUCCUUCGACAGCUUCGCCGCCACCUUCCACGCCGGCCAUCGACUCUCCAUUUACGACAGGAACUUCAAGCGUCACCUUCGCGAUGCCCUCACUUCCGUUCCGCCCCUCCUCAACGUAGACCUCACCCACCCCACCCUCGUCGCCGCCGCCAACUCCCCCACCCUACCUUUCCCCGACAUGCUCCCCAGCUUCCACCUCGCUGAAUUCCACACCCAGCUCUGCGCCGCCCUCAAGCAGCUCUGCACCGCCCACCUGCACCACGUCCGCGACCCGGACCCGGACCAGCAGCAGGGCAUCCCCUUCUUCCUGUCCGACCACCUGCUCCUCUCGCUCGACGAGCACGAGCUCAACUACCUGCCCAUCUGGGCCGACGGCCUCGACGACGGCUCCGGCGGCGUCUUCCAGGACGCCAUACCCGAGGCCGACAUGGGCCCCAGCGAGCCGGGGCCGGGUUACCACACCGGCCUGACGGUCGCGACGGACGCCGACGGCGAGACCGCGUCGGAGGCCGCCGCGACCGUGACGCGCUAUGCCGCGUCGACGGUGGCGCCGUCCGAUCUGGGCAUCGGCGCGCUCGCGCUGGGCAGCGAUGCCGGUGGCAGCGGCACUGCCGCUGCCGCUGCCGUUGCCGAGCGGGGUGUUAGCUUGGAUGUGCAGCGGAGCGGGCUGUCCGUGACCGAUACGACGGGCCGAAGCGGCGGCGGCGUGGCGCCGUCGGAGGCGUUCACGGCGGAGGACGGGGACGUCGAGGACAUGUACGCCGCCGCGCGGUUCGCGCAGCCGGCGGCGCAUCAGCCGCAGGGGCAGGCGAUCGAGCAGUAUGUGGCCGAGGCGGAUGAGGAGGGCAGCGCGGUCGGCGGGCCGGGGGCUGGGGGCGGGUAUGGGGACGAGGGUGUGGAAAUGGAGUGGGACGACUCGGACGACGGGAGCUCGACGCUGUACGGGUUUGAGGAGGUCGAUGUGGGCGAGGCGUUAUGA